AUGAGAUAUUCUAGCUGCACCUUUUUAUUAGGAUUGCUAUGGUUACUCUUGCCAAAUGAUAACUAUGCGGUUCCCACUGCAUCACCAUCGGCUGAAAUAAUAUACCAGUUAAAACAGAACUUUUAUGUGGAUAUCCAUCAGUUUUCUCAGUCGUUAUCGCAUUACUUGUUGUUCAACCAAGUUGAUCCGAUUUUAUCCAUCAUGUCCAAAAAUAUAUCCAAACAUUUUCAAAAUUUGAUCCACGUCAAAUUUCAACACCAGACCCUGGAUGAUGAUUUUGUAGUUGAUAUUGAUCUUUUAAAAGGACAACUUCAGGGUGCUGUAGGCUCCUUUGUUGAGGAUUCAUUACCAGCACUUUGGAAUAAACGAUUGACUACUAUUGACAAAAUCUCUCUGGCUCAAUAUAUUGAGGAUGAAACCACUCGUACCUGUCAGGUUUUGCCAAAUUACAACAACUACAGCGUUGAUCAAAACACCCAAAUGGUUUCUAAUCAAUGCCUUGUUCGGCACGCUGAUCAACUUAUCUUCCUCAUUGACAAUCACAUACAAAAUCAACUUAAGCUUAUUCUAAAAACAGUAGUGAAGGAUGAUCUACCAAAGAUUUUUGAAACAAUACAAACGCAUGUCAACGGUAUUUUAGAUCAUUUCAAUCGCUACCUUAUGCAACACAACAACAGAAUGAUCAAUUCAAGCUCAGGAAAAAACGCAGCAACAAUUAUUUACAAAAAUGUCAAGGAAAGCUCAACAAACGACCUCCUUGUGAAAAGCUUGGAAAAAUCGAUCCAAUCUCAUUUCGAGGCAUUUGAACAUCAAUUGUACUUCCAAAAGUUGAUUGUGUAUGCCAAAACUGAAUUGGAUCAAUAG